CGCGAGGAAAAAAGCAGGCGCCCACAGCCCACACGCAUCUCUCUCUCUCUCUCUCUCUCUCGAGAUUCCCCCUCUUGACCUCUAUAUAUACAAACCCAAUCAUCUCUACCUCUUUAUCCUCCAACUGCAGUCUUCGGAUUUCAAUCUCUCUUGACGCUCUUCUCUUCUCUCGUCUUCUCUUCUGGAAAACCCCUCUCAAUGGUCGGAGCCCUAACCUUCCCCGUCGGAAUGACCUUGCGAUUGUCGCCUUCUGCCGCCGGAACCGCGAGAUCUGGACGGCUGACGCCCCUGAUUCGUUGCGGAGCCACGAUUCAGGCUCUGAAGAUUCGGAAGGCGUCGAGCCUCUACGAGGUGCUGCGGGUGGAGCGCAGUGCUACGGCGAUGGAGAUCAAGGCGGCGUACCGGAGCCUGGCCAAGGUGUACCAUCCGGACGCCGCGCAAUCCGAGCCGUCGGAUGGCCGCGACUUCAUCGAGAUCCACAACGCCUACGUGACUCUCUCCGAUCCGACGGCCAGAGCGCUCUACGAUCUGUCUCUCAGCGAUGCCGCCGGGAGCCGGCCGUUUGCGUACUCCCGCAGGAGUCCGUACGGGUCCUACCCGACCCGCACGUGGGAAACGGACCAAUGUUGGUAGCCGGAACCGGAGCCAGAGUACUUUUUUGUUUUAUUUUCUUUUUUUUUUUUCCAGAAAGUUUUGGGAAAUAGCCACAGAUGUUUCCAAAUAUUAUGUAAAUUCCGAUCACAAUUAUAUUCUUCCGAGAAAAAAACAAGGGUAAAUAGUGAAUAGUAAAUACAUCUGGUUUAUUUUUCUUUUGAAUUCGGACUGUCCUUUGAUCUUUGUGUUGUCUUCAACCAGUUUGGCUACAAAGUUUAAUUAGUUUAGUUGUUUGGGAUGAA